GAACUGUGGCCAGACCUCGCCGUUCUGCCUGUGAGACGCUGAGGCCGUGUGAGCUGGCGGAGCUGCUGGUCGGUUCGGACAGCAAUGCCAGCUUCCUGCGCGCGGCCCGCGCCGGCAACCUGGACAAGGUGUUGGAGUUCCUGAAGGGCGGCGUGGACAUCAACACCUGCAACCAGAAUGGACUCAACGCCCUCCACCUGGCGGCCAAGGAGGGCCACGUGGGGCUGGUGCAGGAGCUGCUGGGCAAAGGGUCGGCCGUGGACUCCGCCACCAAGAAGGGGAACACGGCUCUGCACAUCGCCUCGCUGGCGGGACAGGCGGAGGUCGUCAAGGUGCUGGUCAAGGAAGGCGCCAACAUCAACGCCCAGUCCCAGAACGGCUUCACGCCCCUGUACAUGGCUGCCCAGGAGAACCACAUCGAGGUCGUGAAGUACCUGCUGGAGAAUGGCGCCAACCAGAGCACCGCCACCGAGGAUGGCUUCACGCCGCUGGCGGUGGCACUGCAGCAGGGCCACAACCAGGCUGUGGCCGUGCUCCUGGAGAACGACACCAAGGGCAAGGUGCGGCUGCCCGCCCUGCACAUCGCCGCCCGCAAGGACGACACCAAGUCCGCGGCGCUGCUGCUGCAGAACGACCACAACGCGGACGUGCAGUCCNAGAUGAUGGUGAAUAGGACGACUGAGGUACGGUACCAGCUUAUGCCAACAUACGCCUUGUUUUCAUUUAUUUUUUAGUUUUUGCCCAGUUAGAAUAAAUGCUCACUAACUUCACUAAUGAUGGUACUUCCCUUAUUAGGAAAUGGAUUUGGAAACGUUUCCCAUAAUUAAGGGACUGGGUAAUUCCAGACAUUGAAUGUCGCAUAUGUCUGAAGCAGUAUUUACCCAGGGAACGUGUGGAAUGGCCCGUUAGCAUGGAGCGUGGAGCCAAACUCCGUCUGAAAGCAGGUCCCUCUGGGGCUUGGCUGCUUUGCCGACGAGCUGUGCCCUCUGGACGAGGGUCCCCAGGCCCGAGCUCAGACGGUGACCUGGGAGGAGGUGUGCUGCCCGCCUCGUCCCGUCUCUAACCACAGGUGCCCCCCUGAUAGGCUU